AUGUCUAGAAGAAAUCGCUUACGACGAGCGAUAUAUAAUGAGAAAAGUUGCUGUGAUACACGACUGCUUCAAAUGAUCAUUUAUUUCUUCAAUUUUCUCUUUUAUAUCAGUGCUAUGGCACUUAUCGGGCUAGCAAUAUGGACUUAUACCGUGAAAUAUACAAUGAUUGGUUCAUUACUGUACAGCAAGAGGUAUCUGCAGAGCAUCAUUCUAUGCUUCGUUGUCGGUUUGUCUGUAUUUGUUGUAGCUUCGUCAGGUUGUUGGGCUAUUUCAAAAAGAAAACAAAUGCUGUUGUUAUUGUAUUCUAUUCUGAUAUUGCUUACAAUGUUGAUGGAGUUUGCGCUAUGUAUUAUGACAUAUAGUUAUAUUGAGCACCUUGAAAAUGAUCUUGGAACAACCUUGCUUAUAUCAGUUAUUCGCGAUCAUUCUGAGCGUGAUGAUAUCUCUCAAGCACUUCAAUAUUUACAUCAGCAAGGCCACUGUUGUGGUUCUCAAUCGUUCGAAGACUGGCGUGAUUCUGUUUGGUGGCAGAAAAUAAAUAGCCCAGCUGAGCUCAAGCAGCGUUCUUUUGAUUUGGCUGUACCGGAUUUCUGCUGCCGCUCAGAGAAACCGAAUUGUGGACGUCGAGAUCAUCCCUCUAAUAUUUAUUAUAAUGGGUGUUUGAAUUAUUUGAUAAAAAUGAUGAAAGAACAAUUGCUAAUCAUAUGUGGUACUGCAUUUGCACUUACAGUUAUGCAGUUAUUUGGCAUGGGUUUUGCUAUAUGUUUGUAUACGAAGUGGCGAGUGUUUCAGCCUGUAAGCUCUAAUAGCAAACGAAAGGAAGAUGAUACUUUCAUGUAUUCUAUAUGA